AGGUUACAAUCACCUUCCCCAGGGGUCUUGCAGGAGGAGGAGGUACCAUAAACAACACCAAUGGAGGGGGAGGUGGCUGCAAUGGAGGGGGAUGUAGUAGUGGCAGCAGCCGCAGCAAUGGAGGGGGAGGAGGAAGCGGCAACAGUGGAGGGGGAGGUAGUAGGAGCAGCAGCAGCGGAGGAGGAUGCACCAUCAGCAGCAGCAGUGGAGGGGGAGAUGGCAGCAGUGGAGGGGGAGAUGGCAGCAGUGGAGGAGGAGAUAGCCGCAACGGCGGAGGUGCUGGAUGUUGCCAUGCAGCCUGAUGGUGCGGAUGACACUAAGGGUGGUGAGGUCAUCGAGGAGCGCCUCAUGCAGCAGUUCAUCACGGAGGAGCUCGAUCCAGUUGUGGCGAGGGGGUUGCGGAUGUCGGAUUCAGAGAUGGGAACCCACUUCGACUUUGACAUGUCGAUGGGCGCUCCCCCUAGUUGCGGUGGAGCGGCAUCGACGGAUUGGGCACCAUCGAGGGACGAGGUGGCAGGCGAGACGCGGACGCAGACCCCGAGAGAUAGGACGAUCACAGAGUCUCCAGAUAUAACACGCGACAUCAUGGAGCGAGAGAGAGCUCGAUUGAUGACAUCCAGCAACCCACGUGCUCAGGUGUUCGCACAGGCCUUGGAGGAGCGCAGGCGUCGAGUGACAGGGAGAGAUGGUGGGCAGGGUGGGGUAGUGGUGGGGGAGGACGCUAUGGAGGUCAUGGCAGCAGAGGCGGAGGAGGGUAUGGAGGGUGGGCCACAUGCAGUGGAUGAGGCUAUGGAGGGUGGAGAGGGGCGAAACGGGGGGUCUGGAGAUACACGUGUGGAAGGUCAUGAGACACAGAUGGAUCCAGUCGUCCUGUUCUCGGGCCUGGACCCGGUCGAGGCCCGACGGUCGUAGCCGGCUGAGGUGGCAACGCAUAA